GCCGCCCCGCCCAGGUCUCAGGUCUCAGGUCUCAGGUCUCAGGUCUCCGGUCCCGCUGCGCCGGUCCGCCGAUCCUAGCCCGCUGCCGCCGCCGCCAAAAUGACUACAAGCGCGCCUGCAGGGUCAAGCGCUGCCUCUGGCAGUAGUAGAAGACUUCAGCAGACACAGAAUCAAGUGGAUGAGGUGGUGGACAUCAUGAGGGUCAACGUGGAUAAGGUGCUGGAAAGAGAUCAGAAGCUCUCUGAGUUGGAUGACCGUGCAGACGCACUGCAGGCAGGAGCCUCCCAGUUUGAAACGAGUGCUGCCAAGCUGAAGAGAAAAUACUGGUGGAAGAAUUGCAAGAUGUGGGCGAUAGGGAUCAGCGUUGUCGUCGUCAUCAUCAUCAUCAUCAUCGUGUGGAGUGUUUCUUCCUGAAGAACCAGUGAAACUCCAGCCUGCUGUUCAAGAAACCUCUUCAAGAGUUUUGAUUUAGAACCUGCUAUAUUAUCAAGCUUACCUACUGUUAUAUCUAAAAUGAUUAUUUUCUGUUAGCGACUGUAAAGUUUGUUUUCUAGGAAAUGUGCCUUUGUUUUGUAAUAUGCACUCCAAACUAGAGGUGUAGUCAGCCCAGCCCCCAUUUUGCACAGUGCCUUUUCAGAUUUACAUAUGGGCUGAUGAAGAGGACUUCUUAAGUUGCAGAGUGUAAUAACCUGGCAGUAAUGUUGUCUGAUUAAUUGCCAGUGAUUCCAGUGAAGGAAGUUUGUUCCAAGUUAGCUCUCCUCGUCAUACGACAUUACUCUCAUUUUAAACCUCUGGGUAGUCAGAUUCCAAUUUGUGCCUUCCAGAAGAACACUACUGCCUAACACAAAUACAGUCUGUGCCUUAUUUUGCUAUUUUUCUGAUUCCCUUUAAGAGAACUCUCUACUGUUUAUAAACACUGCUGACUCUUUUCGCUGUAUUUAAAACAAGUUGCUGGUAAAGAGUUUUUGCUCCUGCGUUAGAUAUGAAGAUGUUUACUUUCUUGUUACCGUUAUGUAUCACUUGCUAAAAAUAUUGUUUUAAUCAGAAAUAAUAACCUCGUUAAAACAUUUUUAUAGAACUGUGGCUGUGACCAAAGUUUCUGUUUUGCCAAAAAGUUAAAUCCCAGUUAGAUGUCAAGUCUGUUCCUGGUAGAUAAAUUUAGAAAAGUGACCAGUGGGACUCAAGGUGCCCUUCAGAAUUAAAAUUGUAGUAUUGUGUGUGAACCUCUGACAUCCUGGCAGGCCUUUCUUGCCCUUGAAAGGCUGUAGGUCUUGCGACUCUCCUUCCGAUCCAGCAUUUUUCCUGGGGGUUAGAGAAGGUUUGAGCUCGACUGACCAUCUCAUUCCUGUAGACAGAGUUUUACCCAGCCGUUUGCAGAUAUCAGCUGUAGACUCCAAUAUGUUUCUAAUAAUUACGUGAGCAACAAUUCUGUAGUCUUCAAGUGAGACCAUCUGUGAACUGGGCAUUUUCUGGUCCAGUCCCCACGGACAAUAGCUUUUUGGAGUUUGUUUCCUAUUUUGACCCAUAGUCCACUUCCUAAAUCUGUCUUCUAAAUUAUGCUCUCGAUUAGGCAUUGGUCGGGGGGACGACUCUUUUUACAGAGGAUAGCUAACCAGAGACACUUUCUUUCUUUGAUGUCACAGACUGUCUGCAUAAGAUGCUGCUUUGGGGAUAGCUGUUGUCGUCUGAAAGGCUUUUGUUGUGUACGUGAGACUUUGGACAUCAGGGUGUGAGGCUUAAGGACAGGAAUUCAGGUAGGAAUGAAAACAGACGAGGCACUGAGGGGGAAAGGAGUCUUACCACCCUGUGACUCACCGUUAGCGGGAUAUUCUAAAAUUCUUGUUCACACACUAGUUUGUGACUUACAAAGCAACAGUUAAGGUGCACCAGGACCCAGGUUCCAUUUCUUUAAUAUCUGUUCCCCUGACAUCAGUGAAAUGGUGUGAAGUUGAAAAUACGCCUUGCAGUGUGCCCACCUGGGAAGAAGGGAGCAGCUGCCAGUGUCGGGACGUUGGCCCCCCCUCGGCUCAGGUCUCCGGCCGGGUCUGACCCUGAAACCUCGGUGCUCUCUCCUUGGCCUCGAUGCUCAGUCCCAUGUAACCCACUGGCUGCUGCGUUAACCCAGGAAUAACUUCGCCUGUAUCUGUGCAUUUAGCUGGGAAGUCGCCCACUAUAAUAAACUGAAUAAAGUGUGUAUAAACAUAACUCCAGAGCUUGUGUCGCUUGUAGGGGAACAGCUGAGCCUGGUCCCGGUCCUCAGGAAACGCUGCUCCACCGGCCUCUCCCUUACAGACCCCGAGUCCCCUUCCUCUUGCUCUCUCACCGGUCCCCUCCCUGAGGACUCUGAGUUCCUUGCAUACCACUCCCCAUGUGAAGAGUGCUUUUCAGCAGAGGAGAUGAGUGGGGAACUGGCUUUCUUAUGAUUCCUAAAACGUUCAGAAUUUGGCUUUUGAGUUUCUUAAAUAUAUGGUCUUUCAGAAGUGACUUGUAUAGAGCUGGCUGGUAUGUGCUGGACCAGGUCACUGCCCACGUGGGGCGUGGGAAGAUGACUUGGGUGGGAGAGGGACGCCUCUUGUUUUCAUUCUGCAUAUCUUUCCCCUUGAAUGUACUUCCACUCUUACUCUGCAAGCCCUAGGGAACGAUAUAAUAUGGGUGGAAGGAGACUUGCUUAUGUUCACAAUAAAAUGCCAGUUUUCAAUAGAAUCCUGCAAUAAACGGGUUGACGUUUUUCCAUUGCCUCGGAUAGACAGUCACUGCUUUUCUUGUCUGACAUGCGAUCGUGUCCCUGGGAAAGUACUAACUGUAGAAUCGUGCCUUUUGUUCAGGACCAUGAUAUAAUGAAAUAUGUAUGAACUUUUGGUGCCAUUUUCAAAGGAAAAUCUACCAUAAAGGGGCUCCUCUUUCUCUGCUUCUCCCUUAAAUGUCAGGGUUCCUUAGGGACUUCUAUUUCCAUUCUACUUACCCUCCCCAGGCAAUCUUAUCUGUUCUCAUGAUCCCUCUAUUCAUUCAUCUGCUGAUGAGGCCUGGCCUAUUGGACAUAAGCCUCUCAAACUCAGCUUUCACCAGACAGAAGGAAACAGCCCCUGCCCCAUGCUCCUCCGAUCAUUCACAGUGUCUGUUCCAGAAAUGGCGCCAUCACCUACCCAGUGACCACACUAGCCAAAUCCACUGGAAUUGCUGCUCUUUUUGGUCACCAUCUAUGUCACUCAGGAUACGCUGGAGGUGUGCUAUGUACCAGACACCUCCCAAAUCGCCACGGCUCAAAGUUUUUUCCUUGCUUGUGCUCUGUGUCCCACGCCAGUCAGCAGGAAGGCUCUGUCAGUCCCUGGGGGGUGGGGUGAGGGGACUUCCUGUAAACAUUCGUUUCCGGUUAUCACUGCGGAAGGAAGGGACCGGCAGGAAUUGUGCACUGGCUCUCAACGCCUGCGCCUGGAAGUGGAGCCAGCAGUUCUGCUCACGUUUCAUUGGCCAAAGCAGGGCAGGUGACCAUGGCUCACCUCAGAGGUGGGAGGGAGUCCUGUCUGUCACCCAGAGGAGAAAUGGAAUGUUUGUGAACAUCUUCCUUUGUGUCAACAACUUCAGUCAAAGAAUGGGGGCAAAUUCCCCGUGUCUUGUAUUUUCUAAUGACUUCUGUCUCUUACACGAUAAUUCUAUAUUUGCAUCACCAAUAAAAUGUUUCUUAAAGUA